UGGGCAGAUUAAGUCUACAGUACGCUUCUUUGUUUGUUUGUUUCUUUCUUUUAUCUCCUUUAGGCAUUUGCUUCUGAUUGAUAGAUAAUUAGGGGUUUCAUCGUUUGUUUGAUAAAAUUGGUUUUUUGGGUUAAUUUGAUGAGGAGUUGAAAUUAAGCUACUACUGACUUUGAACUUACAUGAGGUUGACAAAAGCUGCUCCAAAUUCAUAGAACAGGAAAAUGGUUUAGUUGCAAACUCGGAGAAAGUGAUGGUUGUUGAGGAGGAGGAGGAGGAGGGUAAUCUUGUAGAGUUUUCAGAGGCCAUGAGAACUGUCAGCAAGGUCCUAAGACGGGCGGCACAAGGUAAAGCUUCUGCUCAAGCUGAGGCUGCUGAAUGGAAACGCAAAUACGAAAUGGAGAGGGCCCGCAAUAUGCACUUACAGCACAAAGGAGCGGCAUAUAAUGCGGGCAACUGCAACAAGCAGAAAGAAGAGCAUUUGGAACUGGUAUCUCAAAGGUGCUGUGGGGAAAAUGGGAUUUGUUCUCAUGAGGUUUUGCGGGACAGCAAGGAAGAGGACUCUUGCUCCGAUACUAAAAUUACGAAAAAGGCAUCAUUUAAACUGCAAUGGUGUAGCAGUGGUGAUAACGAUGACCAACAUAAACAUGACAUUGUCUCGUUCGAAAAGGGACAUAUAACUACAGCAGAGCGCAGCAGUAAACAAAUUUCUUUGAAAUGGGAAUCUCCUCCUCAAACUGUGCUUAUAUUGACAAAACCAAAUUCAACUUCAGUUAAAUUGCUUUGUGCAGAAAUGGUCAGGUGGUUGACGGAGAAAAGAAAGUUGAACAUUUAUGUUGAACCACGAGUAAGAACCGAACUUGUAACUGAAUCUUCAUACUACAACUUUGCACAGACCUGGAAUGAUGACAAGGAGUUUUGGCUUCUGCAUGAGAUAGUUGAUCUAGUGAUAACUCUUGGUGGAGAUGGGACAGUGCUUUGGGCUGCUUCCAUGUUUAAAGGACCCGUUCCUCCAGUUGUUCCGUUUUCUUUAGGUUCCUUGGGUUUCAUGACCCCAUUUUAUAGUGAGCGCUACAAAGAGUGCCUUAAAUCAAUACUGCAGGGUGGUAUGAGCAUCACACUACGGCACCGGUUACAGUGCCAUGUGGUUCGAGAAGCAGCUGAAAAUGAAAAUGAAGGGGGGCCUAUACUUGUGCUAAAUGAGGUUACAAUUGAUCGUGGGAUAUCAUCGUUCCUUACGAACCUGGAGUGUUAUUGUGAUAACUCAUUUGUGACAUGUGUACAAGGAGAUGGCUUGAUCUUAUCAACAACGUCUGGAAGCACCGCGUACUCCCUUGCAGCUGGAGGAUCAAUGGUUCAUCCACAGGUUCCUGGCAUCUUAUUCACUCCAAUAUGUCCACACUCGCUAUCUUUCAGACCUCUGAUAUUACCUGAACAUGUAACACUUAGGAUUCAAGUACCCUUCAACAGCAGAGGUCAUGCAUGGGUAUCCUUUGAUGGUAAGGACAGAAAACAGUUGGCGCCUGGAGAUGCACUUGUUUGUAGCAUGUCUGCUUGGCCGGUCCCCACUGUUUGUCGAGUUGAUUCCACCAGCGACUUCUUACACAGCAUCCAUGACGGUCUUCAUUGGAACUUGAGGAAGACCCAGUCCUUUGAUGGCCUUCGCGACUGCUUCGGUUGUUGUACCCUGGGAGACAGACGCGUCGUCUUUAGUAGAGGCGCGGAAUCUGUUUUAAGGGAAGCGUGUUGAACAUGUACCUCAGCCACAACCGUCAACAUUUGUUUGUUCUUUUCGUAGGAAAUUAUUGUACAAGAAGACGUGGUUCAAGACUUCGUUGAAGCCUACACAACAGAUUGAAAACACAACGAACCAUACAAGAAGACGUGGUUAAAGCUCUUGUUGAAGACCAUAGUUUGAAUCAGUUUAAUUACAUAUGUUAUUUUAUACGUUAUAUUGUUAGGAUUUGUACAUGGCAUGUUUAGUACAAUUUCCCAAAUACGUAAAGAGAGUAUCUUUACUCUUUUUAUAUUUAUUUAUAUAUUUUUUUUAUUAUAA